AUGAAGGAAGACGAUCCUGAAAUCAGAAAAGAAGCCCGUAUUUACACUGCAGCAACUAGUGUUCAUCCCGUGGAAAGAUUGAUCUCAUAUUUCUCUAGUUGGUGGAAGUUGAAGCGUGCGGUAGCGUGGUUGUUGCGGUUUAAAGAACAACUUCGGAUGAAGUUACAGCUACGAAAGAUUGCAACAGAAGAUAUUGAAGCACACUGGAACAAGGAAGAAUUGUUGUCAACGCAAUUGACCUUGAAUGAGCUACAUGCAGCGGAGGAAGAAAUACUACAACGAGUACAGAGAGCAGCGUUUCCUGAUGAGCUGAAAACGGUUCAAGUCCAAGACAAUCAAAAUUCGAAGAAAUCACUAAAGAAAAAAGGAUCAGCUCUUCGUCAGUUAAAUCCAUUCAUAG